AUGGCGUCUUCCAGCAUGCACUACGCCCACUGCGGCGCAAACGACGGCUGCAAACUCGCCUUCCAAUCCUCUCUGCCCCUCACCGGCGCCAGCUCCGCAACCCGCUGCAUCCUCCUCAUGCACGGCUUCAGCGGCUCCUCGGACUACUUCUACCGCAACGCCGACGCCCUCGCCUCCUCCGAGGACACCUGGGUCGUCGCCCCCGACAUGCGCGGCCACGGCAAAUCGGACCGCACAAAGGGCGGCUACCACGUCGCCCGCCUGGCCGCCGACCUCCGCGAUCUGGUCCACCACCUGCGGCGCGCCGCCGCCUCGCCCGACCUCAAGAUCGUGCCCGUCGGCUGCUCCAUCGGCGCCGCGGUGCUGUGGACGUACGUCGAGCUCUUUGGGUGCGCGGAUUUCGCGGGGUUUGUCUUUGUCGACCAGGCGCCGCUGCAGGAUCGGUCGCUGUUUGACGGGUGGGAUGAGAAGUUGGCGCACACGGGCUGCUACGACGAGAAGAGCAUGCUGGGCGCGCAAAAGUUUUGGAUGGAGGAGUCGGCGGCGGCGCAUGUCGAUCUCGUGGACGGGUGUUUGGGGUACCGCGCGAAGCCUGACCCGGCGACGGACGACGUCUCUGCUGAGGUGAGGAAGAAGGACGAGGAGUUCUUCACGGGGAUUAGUGCGCUGUGCGAUCAGGCGUGGCUUGCGAGGUUGUUGGCGGAUCAUACGCGGUACGACCACCGCGAGGCGAUUGAGAUGAUUAGCGUGCCGACGCUGGUGAUGGCGGGGCGGAAGUCUGGGUGCUUCCCGCUUGAGGGGAUGCUUGAGACUGUCAGGAGGGUGGAGAAGAACCGGCCUGGUUUGGCGAAGUCGUCUGUCUUUGAGGCUGGACAUUGGUUGUUUUAUGAGCAGCCUGAGAGAUUUAACAAGGAGAUCGCGGAGUUUGUGGAGCUGUGCACUAAAUAA